AUGUGCUAUUCUCGUGAACGUAUUAAUCGUACAUUAAAACCUAUAUUGGCAUCACUUGCUCAUAAUGAUUCAAAAUCAUGGGAUAUUAAAUUAGUACAAAUUGCUUUUGCUUUAAGAACUGCUCCAAGUGAAUCAACUGAUCAUUCGCCAGCUUUCUUAAUGUUUGGACGUCAUCCUCGUCAACCACUUGAUUUACUUUUACGAUCACCUCCUGUUUCUGAUAAUUUACCAUCUUCAGAUGAGCUAUCAAUUUAUCGUAAACGUUUACUUGAUGAUUUAUUACCUGCCUAUAAAUCUGCACGUGAAUUACUCGACAUUUCUCAUCAAACACAAGCUCGUAACUACAAUGAUCAUCGUCGUUCAUCACAUUUUAAUCCAGGUGAUAUCGUCUGGGUAACUAGUUUAUCUGGUAUUGCCAUGGGCAAAUGGCGUGGUAGUAAAAUGCAGCCACGUCGUGAAGGUCCAUAUAAAAUCAUUACUAAAUUAUCUUCAGUUACUUAUGAAUUAGAACAUCUUACUUCUCAUCGACGUUUAUCUCCAAUACAUGUAGAACGACUUACACCUUAUUAUUCAUUUACCACCAUUCAUUCUAUUAAUUGA